GCGCACUCGUGCAAUGUGUCACCCGCAUGGCAUGAUAUUCUGAGAUCACAACAGCGAGCCAUUGAAGUUUCUCGACAGCUGUUGCUCACAUUCUGGGAGUCCGAGUUUUGCGGUAUUUAUGUGGUGAAGUGUUCACUCCAAGAUCAGAGUUUCUUUUCAACCAUUCGACCAACCAAACGAAAUGAACCCCAAAGUGGUGAUUGGGAUCUCUGCAGCAGUGGUCCUGGCGGUGGGGAUUGGCGUUGGUAUUCUUCUUGGUCAUUUCGUCACAGCGCCAGCCGCCGCAGACAGUGGAAAGCCCACAGCCACCGCGCCCACGGCUCCUGAGAGUUACCUGGAAGCGAUCAGGGAACCUGACCCCAGCGUGAGUGGGAAGCUCAUCAAUGGUGUGGUGGCAGACAACAUUCGAUCAAAUCUCCUGUAUUUGUCGAACAAAUCCCACGUAGCGGGCAGCGCUGUCAGCCUGGAACAAGCAGAAUGGGUACGGGAUAGCUGGCUAAGUCAAGGAUUGGACUCGGCCAAAAUUGUCACCUACCAAGUCCUGCUGUCGUACCCGCCGCUGACUGGCGAACCCAAACAAAACACGAUUCAACUUUUGAAUUCGGCUGGAGGAUCAGUUGAUCACACCACUCAGGAGCGAGAGCCACCACUGGAACCUGGCAAUGAUAACCCGGAGGUUGAUCCUGAUAUCUUGGCACCGUUCAAUGCGUACUCUCCAGCUGGAGAGAUAGAGGGUGAUUUGGUGUAUGUGAACUACGGUCGCGUGGAAGAUUUUCAAGAGUUGGAGAGGGAUUUGAGUAUCGACGUCACAGGCAAGAUAUGCAUCGCACGAUAUGCCAAAAUCUACAGGGGUGAUAAGGCUGCCAAUGCCGAGAAGGCUGGGUGUAUCGGUCUGAUCUUGUACAGUGACCCGGGAGACUAUGCUGUAGAGGGAGCAGCCGUCUACCCAGAUGGCAUCUACCUGCCGGGAACGGGCACUCAACGCGGCUCGCUGCUACUUGGCAGUGGUGAUCCCCGUACACCAGGCUAUCCUGCCGUAGAAUCGGCUUACCGGGUACCAAUGAAUAAUGUGACUGGCAUUCCAGGCAUCCCAGUACAUCCCAUCGGAUACAACGACGCAGCAGUGUUUCUUAGCAUAAUGGGUGGCAACUCAGUAAAACCAGAAUGGGCUGGCAAUUUGCCGGGUUUAACUUACCGCUAUGGACCCGGUUUCAAUGCCGACAAUGUUAACAAGAAGGUAAAGAUGAAUAUUUACAACGAGAAUCGUAUGGCAAAUGCAUACAAUGUUAUCGGAACUAUCAAAGGGAACGUUGAACCAGAUCGUUACAUAAUAAUUGGUAACCAUCGAGAUGCCUGGGGUUACGGCGCCAUUGAUCCUUCGAGUGGUACGGCCUGUCUGUUGGAAAUUAGCCGAGUCAUGGGAAGACUCCUCAAAGAUGGUUGGAGACCACGCCGUACGAUCAUGUUUGGCAGUUGGGGAGCCGAGGAGUUUGGCCUGAUUGGCUCUAAUGAAUGGGUUGAGGAGUAUGCCAAGAAUCUUGGAGCAAGGGCUGUGGCUUACCUCAAUCGGAUAUUGCUGUGCAUGGUUCCCGAUCCCAAGCCUGAAGGUAAUCGGCAAACCUUGUACGAUACCUGGAAGGAACGAGAUCUUGUGGGAAACACUGUUGACGGUCAUCCCCACAUUGGUACGCUGGGAUCUGGAAGUGAUUACGCGCCAUUUUUACAGCUUGCUGGAAUUUCUGCGGCGGAUUUCACCUACACCUAUGACAAGAAAAACAUAAAGAUAUCAGGAUAUCCGAUGUACCAUUCUGUGUACGAGACUUUCAAACUGGUUGACUUGUACUACGAUCCUGGCUUUGUCUAUCACCGUGCUAUGGCUCAACUGCUUAGUGAAAUGGCGCGUAACCUUGCCGAGGAGGUGAAACUGCCUAUGGACGUGGCUGUGUAUGCUGAAUAUGUUCAGGAAUACUAUCAAAAUCUACGUGGGGGAUCUGUUGGCCAGAAAAUGAUAGCUGAGGGCAUCUUGUUCGAUGACAUGCAGUCAGCAGUUAAUAAUCUGACCGAUGCCGCCAACAAAUUCAGAGAGAGAGUUGAAUCAGCAGAUAAAACUGAUGUGAUGCUGGUGCGCAGGCUUAACGAUCAGCUGACCCUAUUUGAAAGAACUUUCAGUGACCCACAAGGCCUUCCGGAUCGACCAUUCGUCAGACACAUCGUCUUUGCACCCAGCAGCAGAGAUAAUUACGCCAGCGACAAGUUCCCAGGGAUUGUGGAUGCCAUGUUUGACAUUGAUAACAAUCCGGACCCAGAAAAGUGGAACAUUGUAAAGAAACAGCUUUCCGUCGCUGUCUUCACUAUUCAGUCGGCAGCUACCGCUCUUAUGGAAGUGGCUUAGUAAGAAGUAUUAACUUCACUCCCGCAUUGCACUUCGUUUUAGUUUGUUGAAGUUGUCAGAUACAUACUGAUUCAGUGCUGUAAUGUAACAGGCUGUAAUGUUGACGAACAGUUGGAUGACCGUUUUUAAAAGUGUUAAAGUUGCCCGAAAUGUGUAAAAUACUGAUACUAGGACAAGUACGAGGCAAUAUACACGUAGUUACUGUGGAGUAGCAAACAACAUUCUCUACAGAGUGAAAAACUGCUACCCUACAGCUUUUAAUAAUACUAUUAUAAAAGAAUCUGCUGAUUAGAGAUAUCAUGAAAACAAGAUUCCGACGCUCUUUAAACGGUGUGCAGUAAGAGGUUUUGUAAUUAUAGUGAGAUAGUAUUGAGAUAUGUUAAGUAUUUUUGAAAUAUAUUGAUCACGUCAAGAAUAGAUUGUCGAUCAUUGCACACGUCUGGAAUCAGCUUUGGAAUACUAGCCAGCUCACUGCAAUAACUGAUUGCAGUUAAAAUUGAUACCAACAAUUGCAUAUUGGGAAGACUGAUCGUUGAUAUUCACUAUAUAUUCCAAGGGUAUUAAAUUAACUCCACGGUGUUUGCAGUGACGUGUGAUAAAGUAGACAGCAGAGUGGCGUAGCAUAUUUAGUGAGAAACUAGCCAACGUAACGAUACGGAGGCUGUUGCAAAAGAUAACGCCAACAGCAUUCCAAUGAUCAUUAACUAUACAGUCAUGUACCUCCGGUUGUAUAUCCUUUUUCUCUUCUACUUUUUUCGUAGUUCAUUUUCUUUGGAGCCUUAUGUCUUUUGAUUGGAAUAUACCAUUUAAUGAGUAUCCUGUUUAACCGUAAUGCAAUUUUCUCUUUGAAAUAGUUAAAAUUUGCAGUGACGAGAUAUAACCUAUUUUUAUUGUAGCUUAUUGGAAGAUGUACAAAUAAUUUCUUCAUUUGGUUGCAGCAAUAGACUUGUGUUUUAGAAGCAUGACUUAGAACACGACUUUGCUUUUUGGUGGAAAGUCACAGUCAUUCGGUGGUAUAAUAUUCAUUUCAAAACGUCUUUUUGGAUUUUUUGAUAUUAACCCUUUUCUUCGUUUAUUCUGAUUGAAAAUGAUACUGUAAAGAUGUUUCCAAAGGAUAUCUUGACAUAACUUUACAGACAAAUCCGAGGAGACGCUAGUCCUGUGGGCCAGUGACACACUGAAGCAAGUCAAAACCCUAUUGGUAGGAGAGGAAUAUACCGCUUGCUUGCAAACAGAAUGGCCCCGCAGUAAUGGUUUCUAUUUCUUUUUAUUUGUCUGUUUAUCUGUAAUACGUUUGCUGAUCUAUUACCAUUUGCUUUCAAAUGGAACAAAAUAAGUUGUGGUAGAUAUUAGUUUGAAUAAAUUGUUAUACACCUCUAUCAUAGGGCAGUCAUCUUGCUUUUCAACCAUUCAAAGCACAGAUUUUAUCGGCGAAGGCAUUUUGCAUUGAGCGCAGAGAAGGACAAGUAGUGGACGUGAUCAGAUGUGCACGGAAACUUCCUUGUGCAUUGAAGUUUUCAACCAAUUUGUUUAACAGUAAUGGCAACCGGAGUUCUGACUUUACAAGUAAAUAAAUCGUGUCCGUUCCAAUUCUAA